ACUUAUGGAUUUAUUAUUUCAUUGUAUUUUGGGAGGUUUUCAAACCGUCCAGUUGGUGGCGGCAAUACACCUUUUUGGGAGUAGUCUACCAUAAAACCCACAAGAAGAAGAAGAACUUCUCAAACCCGAGAUAAAGAAGAAAGACUGAUCGCUUCUCCGCAGUAAGGCCAGCAGGAUGUUCCUGUCAGACAACAAGGCUCUGGUCCUGGGUGUGUUGGCUGGAGGGGCUGGCCUCAGCCUGGGCACUGUGGUGUUGUACAACAGUAGGAGGGCCGUGCCAACGAGUGGACAUGGUGUGCACAGUAAGCUGUACCUCAGCAGUAAUGACCAGCGGGUGACUGGAGCCAGUAUGGUGGUCAGGGAAAUGCCGGGUCAGGCUGAGGUUGUAGAUCGUCUCGCAGCGCUGAUCCAGUGUGUGUCAGAGCUGAAGGAUGAGGUGCGGGCCCUAAAGAGUGCCAUCCCAAAGCUGCAGGAUCACGUCAGGGAUGAGCUGAGAGGACGCAGCGGCCGGGCUGAGGCUGUGGCUCGCGUAAGGGCUGGCCCAUCAAACCGAACUACACCCACACGUAGGAGGAAAGUUGCAGGGGGAGUGGCCAGAGCUGGAGGACAAAGCUCUGAUGAGGAGGCUGAGAGUGAAGGAGGGUACAUAACAGCUUUAACCGACUCUGAGGAAGAAGAGCAGAUUGAGGCUGAGGGUCAGAGUCCGUAUGAAGUGACUGUGAUCGAGCCUCUGAAUGAGUUCUCAGCCCUUCUGGAGAGGGUGGACGCUCUACAUGAAGGCAGCGAUGGAGACAAGAGGGAGUGCCUCCGCACCAUGCUGGAUAAGCGGGAGCAGUUUGGACAGAACACUACGUUCUUAUGGCGACUAGUUCGGGCCUACGUGGAUGUUCAUGACAUCAUUACCAACCUAGAGCAAAAGAAGACUCAUGCAGAAACUGGGAAGAAAGUUGGAGAGGAAGCCGUAAAACUGAACCCUAUGUGUGCCGAAAGUCAUCAGUGGUACGCCAUAAUGUGUGGCAUCAUGACAGAGUAUGAGACUGUGCAGAACAGGAUAAAGAAUGGCUACAUCUUCAAAGAUCAUUUGGAUAAGGCCAUUGAGCUGAAACCACAAGAUCCUAUGUCUUACUACCUGCUCGGCCGCUGGUGCUAUGCUGUGGCUCAGCUGUCGUGGAUUGAAAGGAAAGUUGCUGCUACAUUGUUUGGAGAGCCUCCGAGUGCCACGGUCCAAGAUGGUCUGAAGAACUUCCUCAAGGUGGAGGAGAUCAGUCCCAAGUACUCCAAAUUAAACUAUGUGUUUUUAGCCAAGUGCUACAGGGACCUGGGGCAAAAAAGUCAAGCCAGGAAGAUGUGUGAUGCUGCUACUUCAAUGGAAACCAUUUCCAAAGAGGAUGAGGAGGCACAGAAGGAGCUGGACAUCCUUCUCUCUGCUCUAGGUGUUAAUUGAGGACAUUGUAGAAUGGCUCCAUCCUAUUGCUAGGGAGGAACCCAGGAUCCUCUUCACUGGAAAACACACUAUGAAGGGAAGCCAAUCCAUGUCUUCCUUGAAUACUGUUGGGACAGUAUCUUCCUCGUGCUAGUGCUCUCUGGGAUUGGAGAUGACUGGAUCGGCUGUGCAUACUAGGGAACAGUGUUCUGGAGAACAAACUUAUCACAGACAUGUCAUGAUGAAUGCAUAGUACUUUGACAUCUGUUCGCUAAAGAGAUUGUGGGAAAAGGGACAGUUGGACCUAAGUCAAUCAAUGGUGUUGGUCCCAAUGGGAUAUACAUUAUCUACCACCUCACAUCAAUACAGUCAGCAAUUAAGUGUAGGGGACCAGGCAUUACAUUUUAUGAAGAUUUUAAUAAUUAUACUGAAGUUGUUUUCAAUACGAUUGAUCACCUGUAUCAACCCAAACAGAUAUAUCCAAAAACAAAAUAAUAAUUUCAAACCUUGAUUUCAUUUGUAUACAAUCACAUUAUCUCUAUUAUGCGUGGGAAUACUUGGGAACAGAUUUUCUAAAUUAAAAUAACUUGAAGCUGAUUUCCUGGUGUAUUUAGUAUUUUAUGUCCAACAAUGAAGAUUCACAAUAAUAAAAACAUGUAUUCAUUUUUGCUCAGAAAAUUUGGGGGUCAAACUGGCCAUGGGCCAGUUGGGGAACCCUGGCUUAGCCUAAGAACUGCACAUACACAAGUUUUGUUUUAAGGAGAUUCUGACACAAAUUCCUCAACAAUAAAGACCUAUGGUUUUGUGAAAGUGAUCCACAGAACUUGUUGUUCCCUCCCUCCCGCCAUGUUCUGUUUCUGUUUUGUCUCCAGCAGUGCAUUCAAGUGGCAAUAACAAACCCAAACACAGCUCUCUGUCGCACUGUGACUACCGAGUGACAUUCUAUCCCUUUUACCCCAUGAUUGUAAUGCAAGUUUGAAUCCCCAAGCUGACUAGGUACAAAUCUGUCGUUCUGCCCCUGAACAGGCAGUUAACGCACUGUUCCUAGGAAGUCAUUGAAAAUAAGAAUUUGUUCUUAACUGACUUGCCUAGUUAAAUAAAGGUAAAAUUAAAAUUCAAAAAAAAAUAGGGAAGGAAACGUGACCCCGGGACGGCUCCUUGGGUCCUCACAUUCAUACAAGGUUGGGGUUCUGCUCAUCACAUUCCAGCAAGCUAGAGGACAUUUUUGAGCAUAGAAUCACAUUUGAGAUUAGAUCUUGUAGCCUAAUAGUCCAUGGGCAAUGUACACGUCAGAAAUGUUAUAUCGUAGGCAAUAGCUUUUACUGAAUUUUGAAUGCUGUUCUAUUCAUUUUUUUUGUGUUAAAGAAAUGCAAAUGGUGAGAUGGAUUUUUAUACUUUCAGUAUUUUUAAUUUGUAUGGUUUCUUUUUGGGAUUACUGGGAGGAAAGUUUGGGCUAUAAGAAUCUGUGGUUCUUUAUUAUUUCUCUUAAGUAUAAUUUAGUCUUCUGGAAACCAUUAACUAGUGUGUACUUUAUCCAACAGGUGAACUACAAGAAUGGUACUUGUUUUUGCCUAUUAAGUUUUUCUAUAUUCCAGCAAUAUGAAUGUAUGCUUUAGUUUUAUCUAAGGUGGUGCACAUUGCAGUGAAGUAAAUAAUAUUGUAAAUGAAAUACAUUAAACAUUAUAUAGACACCACUGAUCAAUGGUAUUUGUGUCUGGCAUUAGUCAAUAAAUAUGUGCAAUCUUGA